AUGGGGUUACACCAAGGGGAUCCGCUUUCGCCUAUUCUGUUUGUCAUGAUGAUGAACAUCCUCUCCUUGAUGUCGAACAAAGCCGCAGAAGAGGGCUCUUUUGAUUAUCAUCUUGGCUGUGAAGAUAUGCAACUGACUCACAUAUGCUUUGUGGAUGAUCUGUUGAUCUUCUUAGAUGGUUCAAAGAGAUCUUUGGAAGGAGUUUUGCAGGUCCUGGCUGAAUUUGAGCAUAUUUCUGGCCUAGCUGUGAAUAUUGCAAAGACCUCCUUGUUCAAUUGUGGGGUUCCGACCGAUAUUAUUCAGAGGUUUCGCUCGAGAUUUGGUCUAGCUCAGGCUUCUCUUCCAAUCCGCUAUUUGGGUCUCCCUCUUAGCUCAAAAAAGUUGUCCUUGAAAGACUAUGAUCCGCUCAUUUUCCAAAUCAAAAGAAAAUUGGGGUCUUGGACUUCAAAAACUUUAUCAAUGGCUGGGAGGCUCACUCUGAUAUCUUCGGUAAUUGCGGGUAUCACGGGUUUCUGGAUGUCGACGUUUCUUCUCCCAAAAUGUGUUAUGAAUAAGAUUACUAGUCUUUGCAGUUCCUUCCUUUGGCACGACACAAUAGGCUUUUCUACGGGAGCCAAGGUCUCGUGGGAAGAGCUCUCGAUCCUUAAAGCAGAAGGGGGGUUGGAUGGUCUUUCGCUGUUGGGUAUUCCUAAAGACUCUUCUGUUGCAGAGUUCUGCUCACGGUCAGAUAUUACUACUUGGUCAGUUAAGGCUGUGCUUUAUAAUUCCUUCUCUUCAAGGAUUAUCUUCAACGCCAUUAAAACUCAACGCCAAAAGAAGGAUUGGGCUCCCCUGAUUUGGCAUAAAGCAGUGAUUCCAAGACAUGCAACAACAACUUGGUUAUUCACUGUCAACCAAAACCCCACCUUUGACAGGAUUGCUGCCUGGGAUCCGGAUGCUGAAACGCUUGGCCUUCUUCUUGGUUGGAGAUCUUACAGUGGUUACCUCUUGCUCAAGGGAACAAUACUCAAAAGACAGCUAUUCUUCAAGGCUGGCAAGCAACAAUUUAUGAGCUUUGGAGGGAAAAGUAGGCGUCUUCACGAUGGUCUCACAUGGUCACCUGCUCGGGUCAUUAGGCUUAUCCUCUCUUCCUUAAGGGAUAAACUCUCAGCUAUGUCGACCCAGGGCCUCCCAAGAGGUCCCCUACUGGCUUCCUUCUGGUUUCAUCCACCAUAA